GAGAGAGAGCUAUUAAUUUCAUUGUUGUAAAUGCAAUUAUUUAAUGAACUUGAUAAGUGUCGAAAGAGAAAAAAUGUUAAGGCCAGAGUCGCACGAUAGUGCUAAAAAAGCUGUGGAAACACAGGUGAUCGCCGCGAUGCAGAAGCAAGGAUACACUUUAAACGCCGUCAACAGUUGCGACGAGAAUCUGCUGCACGUAAGCGCGGCGAACGGCUGCCUCGGGAUCGUGAGGGAGAUUUUGGACAAGAAGGAGAACCUCCGUGUCGUGGACAGGAAGAACAAAUUUGGCUGGACCCCGCUGAUGCAAGCAAUUCGCAAUGGAAAUAUCGAUACUGUGAAAUUGCUCUUGGAGAGAAAUGCCGAUGUUAAUCAAAUGACUUACCUCGGCAUGUCGGCCCUCGGAUUAGCCGCUGCGAUCAGUAAGGAAAUGUUCGAGACGGUGUACAACGCCUGCCCGGAAGCAUUGGCGAACACGGCUAACGAUGACAUUACUCCACUAUGCGUGGCUGCCAUGAAGAACGACAAGGAGCUGUUUCUGAGAUUGCUGAAAUCAGGCGUGUUCUCGACCACCAAUGGUUACACUCGCAUUAUGAUGAAAUGUUCCACGGUACCGGAAAUAGCUGCUUUGGUGAACGAAGACCUGGUCGUGGAUGAUUAUUGGAAUGAUACGUCGGAUAACAUUGAAGUGAUAAGCGAACAGGACGUCGACAGUACGGUGAAAGAUCGUUCAAACGAUGACGAGAAUAAAGGAGAAAAGCUCAAGCUGCACUUGUUGCCCGUGAUUAUGGAAUCCGACAAGCAAAGCAGAAUAUCACCGAACUUAACGUACGAUGUGUUCACGUUCCCGAAAGCUGCCGGAAAGGACAGUCUUACAGAGAAAUCGAACGUUCCUUCUCUAGAUAAAGAUGCGAACGAAAAAACGACGGAAAACGAUUUAGAACAGCAUUCAGCAGCGGGCGAGGAUCAGUCUAAAUCAUCUCCGGUUGCACGUCAAAAAAGUAAUUUCAGAUUUCAGUCGGUACGACCUGCGGAUCUCGACAUGAAGAAUAUCUCGUGUAAUUUUAACGUCACUCUCGGGUUCUCGCCCGAAUUCAGCCCUGUCAAAUCGCCUCACGUGCCCGAGGAUGUUAACGAGGAGAACGUGUUUGGAGAAAAUACCCCGACGCCGCCGCGCUGCAAAACGCCACCGAAAGGGAUGCUUCUGAACUGGCCGCAGACGAAAAUGAUUAUGGUACUGAAACGCUUCGGAUUGAGCCAACACAUCUCUGUAUUUCUCGAACAGGAAGUGGACUUUGACCUAUUUUUAACACUUACGGAUAAAGAUUUGAUUGAGAUCGGUAUUGAGCAUGAGAGAGACAGACGUGAUUUGCUGGAGGCAAUAAAGGAAUGCAUAAACCUUGGUUUGCUGGCCACGCUAUCCGCGUCGUGUGAUACUGUUAAAAUACUACCAGCAGAUUUAAGCAAUUUAUCGAAGUUGCUCGUGGAACACGGACCGGUUCGAAAAUCGAAAUCGUCGAUCUCAGUCUUGCACGUAAGAGAAUCUUUAAACCCCGGUAGCGACAAUCGCGAUCGUUUUGUGGGAAUGUCGUACGUUUCAAGCAUCUCAGACAAAGUAGUCGUCAUACUACUGGAUUUUCUAGUAGUUCGUGUGCCGUAUCCCGAAUCGUAAGCUAAAUAUCUAUCAACCCUUGGUAACGCCGGUGCACAAACUAAGGCAGCUGCUUGAUACGUAUUCUGCGAAAUCAGUUAACGCUAUUAAAUCUCCUACAAAUUUGUAAAUUCUGGAUACCGGAUCCAUCGGUGGCGAAAGUAUUUCUACAGGUCCCGAG